AUUACUUUUUUACCACAAAAUCUUCUUUUUAAAGAAUUUUUUAAAUCUAAAAUAAUAAAUAUAUUUUUUUCUUCCUUACUAUAAAGUUACUCUUUUUUUGUAAAAAAAAAAGCCUUUUUUAUUAAACAUAUUCAUGAAAAAUGUUCCCAUUUCAAGAAGAAUUUGAUGAUUCUUCAGCAACUCGCUGUGCGAACGGUGUUUCUGCUAUCAACAAAUCGAAUGAUUCCUUGGAAGAACAAAAAAAUAAUAAGAUUGAUGAUAUGGAAAAUAACAUGACAACAAAUUUACCCACUUCUACCGAUGAAAAGGAAAUUUCAUCUAACGAAAAAAUCCAGCAACAGAAUGUUAAGGCCUCACAUGAAUCGCAAGAUGACGACGAAGCACGUGCUUUUAGAUCACAAUUUGAUGAAAUUAAAUGUGUAUCAAGAAUGCUUGAAUAUUCCAAAAAUAAUGCUUAUAAUCGAUUCCAAGGACCUGCUGGACGGGUGCCCUCUGCACCUUUACAGAAAAGGACUAAUGUAAUAAAUACGUUUCAUCAAAGAUCGCAUUCUCACUCAACGCAUUCACAGCAGCCCAAUAGGAAUAUGCUAAAACAUCAACGAAGUAUUUCAUCUAUUCAAGGAUUAUCAUUUAACAGAAAUCCAUCUGCGAUGAAAUUUUAUCCUACUCAUGGUUUGCCUUCAACUCCCUCAACUCCCUCAACUCCAUUUACUCCAUAUGGAUCAUAUGGAUCAUAUGGAUUUGAUAAUACCGAUGAUGUGCUUUCUCCAUUACGUCACCCAUUGUAUCACUUUGAUGAUUCAAGUCCUAAUGAUGAUGCAUUGAUGAAAUUUAGAGAUAUAGAGAAUUGCGGCGGAAGAUACGGUUUUAAUAACAGCAGAUUUUCCGGUAAAAUUUAAAAGAAAAAUACGAAUGGGAUGAUUAUUCACCAGGAUAUCCUUCAACACCACUUUCCAACGGUCCAUUUACUCCUCAUCCACUUACUCCUUCUUCUAACUUAUCUCCAAGUACA